UAGCCCUUCCAAUUCAUCAUGAACCUGCUUGCCCCUCUCCCCGCCCUGCCUAGCUCCAUCCUAUGAUGAUUUUCACAGCUCCCAUUUCACUUUGCUGCUGAUCUUCUUGGGAAGUGGUUCAACCUAGUCAGUACUGACAGAGGCACAGUUGUUGGAUGGCAGGGGUAUCGCUCCGAUGCUGGGAGGUCUAGGUUUCAGCCAGGAGUCCAGUUUUCCCCACCAAACCCGUCUGAGGAUUAGAAGAGGGAGGCCCAGGCUGCAGAAACCCAGGUCCCAGCAGCCUCCUCCAGCAAUCCCAUUGGUCACCAGCUGCAGCCAUUCUGCCAGGAGUUUGAAGCGCUGCUUCCAAUAAGUGCCUAUGUGCAUGCCUAGAAAACAAAUUAUUAAGGAAAACUGCCCCUCGCCCCACUCUGUGGCUGCCGCAUCUGAUCGAUCAACCACAGGGUGAACACAUGUGAGUGCUGUGAAUGUAUACUUUUCAAAAAAGUCAAAGAAAGAAAGCAUUUGGUUUGUUUGGAGCCUUCUCCCAACAUCUGGCCACCAGACUCUGCGAGCACAACUUUUGCAAAGUGUGUAUAACCCCUAGACACUGAGGUUACACAGGCACCAAGUGAUCCUCGGGGGAAAACCCUAAAAGAGAAAGUCACUGACUCCAGUGGCAGAGAAAUCGUCCAGGACAAAAGGACAUAUCCAAAUCUGGAACCUCCUGCGAAAAUGGGAGAUAGCCCUAGACUUAGAACUGUAGAGGAAACAGGACUCUCAGCUGAGGAUGUGUGUGAAAAACAUGGAGAAGAUGUACGUCUCUUCUGCGUGGAGGAUCAAAUCCCACUUUGUACAGACUGCAGAGAAUCUGGGGCUCACGUGUCACAUACUGUGAUUCCUAGGGAACAGACGGCAAGUACGAGUAACCAGGGGACUGGAAGUUCACUUAGUAGGCAAAAAGAAGAUUCACAGCUGGCCCCUUCUGAAAACUCAAACACAACUUCUGGCUCCAAAGAGAAAGGAGAGACAUCCAGUGGGAAUGAGAAGGACCAUACGGAUGAGCUGAUGCUGAUUGAGCAGUGGGUUGACUUCAACUUCAGCGAAAGCAAGGAGACAGGUGCGCAGUCAAACUCCAGGGUCCAAAACUCUAUCACGUGGAUUGUUCUGGUUGUAUUCACCAUCCAGAUCGUGGGCUUGAUAACGACUGUCUUUGUUUUUACAAUGGCUAAACCCCAUUUGCCGUCCUCCGUCACUGCCGCCCCUUGUUGCCCACAUGGCUGGAUCAUGACCCAAGGGAGCUGCUUUCACUUCUUGGAUCUGGAAGGGGCCUGGGAAGCCGGCCAGCAGCACUGCUCUUCUCUUGGGGCCUCCUUGGCGGUGAUUGAUGACUUAGAGAAACUGGAUUCUGCCGUGCCUCACAAAGGAUCCUUCAACCACUGGGUGGGCCUCCUCAGAGAACCAGGCAAGAGCUGGAAAUGGCCUGACGGUACCUCCUUCAACAACCACUUUGAAGUGGAAGGCGAAGGGCAGUGUGCUUAUCUAAACAACGGAGUUGUGAGCAGCGCUGACUGUUCCCUUGAGAAGAAAUGGCUGUGCAGCCAGAGAGCAAGACAAGAAGGAAGCCCAGGCCACUGCAAGGGGACAUGAAAGCUUCAGGACUGAGCUUUUCCAAAGGAGCUAUCAGUGCUUUCCCAAGCUAUGAGCUGCCACUUGCGUGCAUGUUAGCCCCCAGUCUCUUAGGGGGGCAUCCCUUGCCCAAGCCACUGGGUAUCCUUACUGCCCAAGCUUUCUUAUAGUAUGACUUCCAGAGCCAGCAGGUUAAAAAUCAGGCAUACAGUAUUGUAAAGGUAAAGGUAAAGGUUCCCUUGCUCGAAAGCCAGUCGAAUCUGACUCUAGGGUUGCG